AUGGAGCGCAUCAAUAAAAAGUUUGGUAGGAUGAUGAGCAAAGGCCCGGGGGACAAUGCCAAAGUAGCCAUCAUGCUCAAGGAUUACGACGAUGCCGACAAAAUGCUCGCCAAGAUUGUCGAGAGCACGCAGCAGCUUCGAGAUGCCUGGGUGAACAUUGCCAACACGCAAUGGGGCAUGAUGAAGGAGUUUGAAGGCCUUUACGACCCCAUUGCCGGCGCCACGGAUGGUCCGCGCCGUCCCAGCGAGCCCACCUCCGAGCUGCAGCUCAGUCGAACCUUUGCCCUGCGUGAAGCCUAUGCCGAACUCAAGGACGAGCUUCUGCAAGAGGUCGCCGGUAUCGAAGCCCAAGUUAUCCGCCCGGCCGCCGAUGCCCGCGACUACAUCCAGCCAAUACGCAAGACGAUCAAGAAGCGUGAGAACAAGAGGCUCGACUACGAAAAGGCCCAAGACAAAGUCAAGAAGCUGCAGAAAAAGGUGGAUAGGACGCCCAAGGAAGACGUAGCGCUCGUCAAGGUCGAAAGCGACAUGGCCAUCACUGGAGAGGAAUUCCAAAUCGCUGACGACCAUAUUCGGGAAGUUCUGCCGCCUCUCGUCGCUGCCACCUUCAGUCUCAUGCCCUACCUCAUAGCCUCUCUCGUUAGUGUCGAGAAUCGCCUGCUGGGCGUCUACUACACGGUCCUCCACAACUAUUGCCAGAACAACGGCUUCGACUCUCCGCCGUCGGCGAUGGAGGACGUCAUGGCCGAGUGGUCCGCCAACUUCCAGCCGGCUCAGCGCGAGGUCGAAUCGAUCAACACGCUCGUGCACAGCAGCGCCGUAGGCCGCCCCAUGGACGUCAUUGAAGACCCUCAAGCACGCAAGGUCUCUGGCGCCGUGACCUCCACGCGCAGCGGCUUCAGCCGCAUGACCUCCGGCUUCAAACCCGGCGGCAAGCCCGCCGACGGCGGCGAAUUCCCGCGGCCGGCCCGCAUCGCCUCCAACACCUCCAUCCACCAGGCGCCGCCCAUCAGCCGCGCCACGACACCGUCGACGGACCAAUCGCCGCAGCUGAGCAGGAAGUCGUCUGCUCUCGGUCUCCCCACCGAUUUCACCACUGCCACGAUGGGCCAGACACCCGGCAGCGCCCGUGCCUCCCCGGGGUACUCGGCCUCUCGUGAGCGUGGCGACUACUUUGGCCAUGCCUCGCAACUCGGGUCGUCCGCCGCCAGCACGCCAUCAGGCGCCAGCAGCACCGCUAUGUCCCUUGUCAAGAAGAAGAAACCGCCGCCACCGCCGCCUGCGAAGCGUAUCCAAUCCGCGCCGGUCGAGUAUGUCAUUGCGCAACACGACUAUCCUGGCGGCCAGCCAGGCGAUCUGGCCUUCCGCGAGGGCGACAGGAUCCGCAUUAUCAAGAAGACGCAAACUACGGACGAUUGGUGGACGGGUGAGCUCAACGGCACGCAGGGGCAGUUUCCUGCCAAUUUCUGUCGGGCAGCUUAG